GCCGCCAGCGCCUGCCUUUCCCACCUAGCCCAGCCCUCCUCCGGCACUUUCGCCGCGGCAGCCUGCAACAUGGACGGCGCGGCGGAUGGUAGCGAUAGUAGCGCGGAAACGUCUCCCUCCACCGCGGACUCCUGCGAAGAAUUCCGCGCUGCCUUGACCAUGACCAAAGGGCUCUCCAUCUUUCUCGACGUACUGAGAAGAGCAGAUAAAAAUGAUGAUGGCAAACUAUCCUUUGAUGAAUUCAAAGCUUACUUCGCUGAUGGAAUUCUGAGCAGAGAGGAACUUCACGAGCUGUUUCACACCAUCGACACGCACAAUACAGACAACCUUGACACAGAAGAACUUUUCGAAUAUUUUUCCCAACACUUGGGAGAGUAUGAAAAUGUGCUGUCUGCUUUGGAAGACCUCAAUCUAUCCAUACUGAAGGCAAUGGACUCCACAAAGAAAAAUUAUCAGGAGGCUUCCAAGUUGGAACAGUUUGUGACUCGCUUUUUGCUGAAAGAAACAGUAAAUCAGCUACAGUCGCUCCAUAAUUCCCUGGAGUGCGCCAUGGAAACCACAGAGGAACAAACCCGUCAAGAUAAACAAAGGCCAGCAAAGCCAGAGGUGCUUGCAGUUAAGCAGCUGGGAAGACGUUCAAGUCGAAGGCUCCAAAGGAACAGCAGUUUUUCUCCAGUCAGCCCUCUUUUUAACCAAGGCUGGCUAGAGGAAGACAACCAGUGGAUGACCCAAAUAAACAGACUCCAGAAACUGAUUGACAGGCUAGAGCAGAAGGAUCUAAAGCUUGAGCCACUGGAAGAAGAGGUAUCUGAAGAAAACACUAAAUCUCACAUAAUGAUAGUUCAGCGUCAGAUGUCAGUAAUAGAAGAAGAACUGGAGCAAUUCCGCUUUGCUCUGAAGCAGUAUGUGGACACGGCCUCUUCUCAGGACGGAUGCCUGCAUGUUUCUAUUCAGAGGAUUUCUGGUGAAUCUCGCUUCAUCGUUUAUGAAUUCUGGGAGAACAAUGCCUGGAACAGCCACCUGCAGAUGAACUACAGCAAGACAUUUCAAAGAAGUAAUGUGGAUUGCCUGGAAACUCCAGAACAUAUUACAACUAUGCUAGUGCCUGCUUCCUGGUGGAUCCUCAACAACAACUAGAAGCUUUGCUAUAAUUCCCAGUUAAUGACAUAUGUUCUGCAUUACUU